CGCCGCCGCCGUCGCAGCCAAACCCCGGAGUGGACCUUGGGAACGUGCGCGCGAGCGGCGCACUAGACAUGCGCGAGCGGGCCCCGGGCCCGGCGCGUCGAGGAUUCAGGUAGCGCGCUGUGGCACCGCCAGCCACCGGUUCCCUCGCUACAGUGGCCCCUUGGAGGCUGCAGCCACCACUCGGGCCCACCCAGUGCCUUCGCCUCCCAGUGAACAGCGCGCCGCUCCACCGCACGGGGGCCCUGGCCGGCCGCGUCCUCACGUGCCGAGGCCGCCGCAGUGACCCCGCCCCCGGGCCGAGGAUGUGAGGCUGGCCGGGUGUCCCCGCACCGGGCCCGGGCGCCGGGAGUCGGCGGCUCGGCAGCUCUGGGCGAUGGCCCUGCUGCCGGUGCUCCUCGCCUCCUGGGGCCUGGGGCAGUGAGGGGGCCGGCGGGCGAAGGGAAACGGCCCCGGCGCGGCGGGGGCCAAGGGGCCGCGGGCGACAUGGAGGGGGUGCUGUACAAGUGGACCAACUAUCUGAGCGGUUGGCAGCCUCGAUGGUUCCUUCUCUGUGGGGGGAUAUUAUCCUAUUAUGAUUCUCCUGAAGAUGCCUGGAAAGGUUGCAAAGGGAGCAUCCAGAUGGCGGUCUGUGAAAUUCAAGUUCAUUCUGUAGAUAACACGCGCAUGGACCUGAUAAUCCCUGGGGAGCAGUAUUUCUACCUGAAGGCCAGAAGCGUGGCUGAGAGACAGCGGUGGCUGGUAGCCCUGGGGUCAGCCAAGGCUUGCCUAACAGACAGUAGGACCCAGAAGGAAAAAGAGUUUGCUGAAAACACUGAAAACUUGAAAACCAAAAUGUCGGAACUAAGACUCUACUGUGACCUCCUCGUUCAGCAAGUAGAUAAAACAAAAGAAGUGACCGCAAUUGGUGUGUCCAGUUCUGAGGAGGGAAUUGAUGUGGGAACUUUGCUGAAAUCAACCUGCAAUACUUUUCUGAAGACUCUGGAAGAAUGCAUGCAGAUCGCAAAUGCAGCCUUCACCUCUGAACUGCUCUAUCGCACUCCGCCAGGUUCACCGCAGCUGGCCAUGCUGAAGUCCAACAAGAUGAAACAUCCUAUUAUACCGAUUCAUAAUUCAUUGGAAAGGCAAAUGGAGUUAAACAAUUGUGAAAAUGGAUCUUUACAUAUGGAAAUCAAUGAUGAUGAAGAAAUCCUAAUGAAAAAUAAGAGCUUAUAUUUGAAACCUGCAGAGAUGGAUUGCAGCAUAUCAAGUGAAGAAAAUACAGACGAUAAUAUAACAGUCCAAGGUGAGAUCAUGAAGGAAGAAGGAGAGGACAACCUGGGAAAUCAUGACAGCAGCUUGGCACAGCCUGGAUCAGACUCCUCAAGUAGCUCUCCAGAAUCCCCCUGGGAAGAAGGCCAAGAAGUUAUCCCGACUUUCUUUAGUACCAUGAAUACCAGCUUUAGUGACAUUGAACUUCUGGAAGACAGUGGCAUUCCCACAGAAGCAUUCUUGGCAUCAUGUUAUGCUGUGGUUCCAGUAUUAGACAAACUUGGCCCUACGGUGUUUGCUCCUGUUAAAAUGGAUCUUGUUGGAAAUAUUAAGAAAGUAAAUCAGAAGUAUAUAACCAACAAGGAAGAGUUCACCACCCUCCAGAAGAUAGUGCUGCAUGAAGUGGAAGCAGACGUAGCCCAGGUUAGGAACUCAGCUACAGAAGCCCUGUUGUGGCUGAAGAGAGGUCUCAAGUUUUUGAAAGGAUUUUUGACAGAAGUGAAAAAUGGAGAAAAGGAUAUCCAGACAGCCUUGAAUAACGCAUAUGGUAAAACGUUACGGCAGCACCACGGCUGGGUAGUUCGAGGGGUUUUUGCGUUAGCUCUGAGGGCGGCUCCGUCCUAUGAAGAUUUUGUGGCCGCGUUAACCAUCAAGGAAGGCGACCACCAGAAAGCAGCAUUCAGUGUUGGGAUGCAGAGGGACCUCAGCCUUUACCUCCCUGCCAUGGAAAAGCAGCUGGCGAUACUGGACACUUUGUACGAGGUCCACGGACUGGAGUCUGACGAGGUGGUAUGACGUCUGCAGGACCGCGCUGCCUCCUACCUUCAGGGAAUAAAGUCUGCUAACGUGUUUUGUUGCCCUGCUUCAUUCCCAGCAGCAGCUUCGACCCUCUCCAGCCCCGUACUCGGUGGGAUGGAGAGAAGGAGGCAAAGCCUAGUGCUUUUAUAUAUAAUUUUUUUUUAAUGCGUAUGUGUUCUGUGUGUUUAAAAAUCAAGGUGCUAUAUAUUUCAGUUCAAAGGGCCUCCUGGAAACCAAAUCAUAGCUGUUAUAUUAGAAUUGAACAGCAAGUUAUAAGAGCAGAUUUGACAAAUGAGUUUGUCAGUACUGUGUUUUGUUUUUACCUUUCACGCCCCAGCUGAAAAUGAGCAAGUUCUAUAGCAAGGACUGUAACACAUAGCCAGUGUUUCGAUCAACUUAGACUAAAAACUGGGGGGAAGGCUAAGCCCCUUUGUUGAAGCUAUUGAAAUGUGGAGUUGGUAUUCCUAGACGUUCAGAGAAUCCUCUCUCCCACGGCUCUGUGGACAGGAAGCGCCUGUGUAGUUCAGGCGUUUGGGGCAUUGGUGUGGGCACGUCAGUGUCGAGGAGGAAGACACAAACACGGAGUGCCAUCCUUGUCCGUGGUGGGGAGACUGUGGCUCCGAAGGGGUGAGUGGUGUGGACUGACCCCAAGCAGGGGGACAGUCUGGCAGAGAUGUGACAGGUCACCCGAGAUGACCCCUAUCUAGUGCCCACACUUAGCCGGCAUGCUUUCCCCUGCACCAUCUGAAUCAGUACAGUGAAACUGUGACAUUCAGACUUUAGGGCUUAUUACCCAUUUUAGAAGUAAGGUGUAGAGGUUGAGGAGUUUACUCACAGGCAUAUAGCUUCUACUUAGAGGAAGCUGAUGAUUGCAAAGUGUGAUCUGGACCACCUCUGCAUCAAAAUCACAUGGACUGCUUCUUCAAACAGCAAAUUCCCAGGCCUUACCCUGACCUACUAAAGAAUCAGAGUAGUGGGGGGUGGGACUCAGGAACCUACAUUUGAAUAAACUUUCCAGCUGAUUCCUGUACACCCAGGGUUGAAGAACUACAAGAUUAAAUUCUAGUUUAAAUUCUAGUUUGCAGAACUCUUCUGCAUGAACUAAAUGGUGUGUCCUUUCUUUUCCAAAGAGGAAGAGACUUUCAUUGAAAUAAAAUAGUUAAAGGGAGAGUGAGACGUAGAGCAAGUCUACUCACCAUUUUCUUAACUGAACCAGCAUCGGCGCCCAGCCAUGAGGCUUGAGCAUCGCAUCAGGGACCACGGUUCUGAAUGUGCUCUCUGAUCAGUCUUGGUAUCAUCACCAAUAGUGCAAAGCAAGCUGUCUUUACAGCUUUAAGACAGUAUCAGAGUUUAAAGGUAGGAUUUAAUCUUGCAUAAUACAACCCUGGGUAGGCGUUCUCCUGGAAAGUGUGUGACGCCAGGGGUCUCCAGUAGGCCAAACUGCCAAGAGUGGGCGUGGGAGGAAAGUCAUGGAGGCUUCCCCCCCAGGGGCUGCUUCCUUCUAGCAGCUGGAAGAGAAGGUCCAGCGGAAGGUAGUGCCCCAGGGUAGAAGGUGAGGGCCUUUAAAGGGCACAGGUGCAUGCUACCUGAGCAGCCCCAGGUGAUUCUCUUCCAGGACAAAGAGAACCCUCUCCUUAGGCGGAGGUUCGUGUAGGGAGGGGUUUUGAUUUUGUCUUUUAUCUGUCUUUAAACGAAUUGGCAUUUAUUUAGCUCGGAUUAAUGAAGCAGGUAUGCAACUUACGUAAGGACUUCUGGAAAAUGCUUAAAGAAAAACAAAUGUUUAAAGGCUGGGGAAACGGUGCUAAAAUGGUAUCGCUUCUUCUGUAUUUUAGCGCUUGUUACUGGCAGCUGCCAAGGCCUGUGUGUCGUUUCCCCUGCCCCCACAAGCAGCUAGUGUGGAUCUCCUCUGGUCAGUGCGACUGUGACGGAGGAGCCGGAGGCUACUUCGGACUUCCUGCCCUCCCCGUAGCCUCCCGAGAGGGAAAAAGAAAGCAACAGCCAGUCUGUGCUCGAACCCUGAACGGAGGCACUUUAGGCAUUGUGCUGUUGCAAGGGGGUGCCACCGGGAGACUGUAAGUAUCCCUUCGGAGCAGCUGCUGCCGCCCCGUCACCCCCAGUGAGCUCAUGUGGUCUCUUGGAGAGGGUGCGGGUACACGGCGCGUGCCUCGGACUCGCCACCCAAGCUCUGGAUACACACAGACAGAAGACAGCUGCUCGGCGUGGCCAUUUCACAGUUCUAUAGGUACGGCCUUGGUUUCCAUAACUUGGUUUUCCGGGGAAGAAGAAUUUAAUAUUAUCUGGGAUCACUGGGAACCCAGAUCAGAAUAGCUUGAGUCUUGAAUAAGUUACAUUUUGUACUCCCCCUUUUCCCACCCCCGUAGACAGGCGUAGUGUUUUUGACAGGUAUUUUCCUCACUGGAGCAUGUUAAAUGUGCCCAAGAUGUAUAAAGCUCGCAGGGUCCUGAAUAAAAGGAACUGGAAAUUGAACCUCGUGCUACGUGAUAAAUGCAACUUGACGUGCAGUUUGGCACAGUCAGAGCUUCCUCCUGGACACCCAGCAUUUGCUUCUAGUUGAGGUUCUAAUCUGCAGGUACCGUCUGAGAUGGGAACAAAGAAAAGAUAGUUAAGACCUUUGCUGCAUGAUCCUCCAAGAUUUCUGGGACUUUUAAGCUUUCUUUCACCCAGUGAGAGAUGAGAAAACAUUAGUAUGCUUGUCGACAGAGGAGUCACCUUGCCCUCAUUGCUCAAAACAUUUUUAGGAUUCCUUUUUUGGAGUAACCUUUAGAGAGAUCCUGAAGAAGAAGGUAAUUUGUCUUCUAGGGGUUAGUAGAAGCUGAUAAGUAACAUAACAAAGUGCUUGGUGCACGUAAUUUCGUCACGUGCGCACCUCUCCCCAUCCCCCCACAGGAGAAGCCAGACUUUUCACUUCAGGGGGAUUAAUACACAUUUGUCCAACUGAACAAACUCCUUUCGAUGCUGGCAAUUAUCAUUAUUAUUAUUUUGUCCUUUGAAAGCAGAUUUGCUUCAUUAUAGCUAAUCCUGGUGAAAAAUGUUAAGUCGGAGGGAUACCUUUUGGGGACCAAACCAACUUACAACUAUGAGGUGGAGAUGAUUUUCUUGUCAGCUCUUGAUCCAGCUCUGCAGGGAGUUCUGGAAGCAGGGCUCUCUGGAGGUCGAGCAUCUGAGUCCCCAGAGAAUUGACUUUGAAAGGCAGUGUUCAUUAGGAUGUGUAAGUCGUGGCUUGAGGCACCUUGUCAUCACUAUUUGCAUGUCAUUUCUGAACAGAGAGUUUCCUCAAAUGUCAGUUUGCACAAUAAGGGAUAUCUGGACUCCAGAACUCAGCCUUGCCGCUUUCUGUUACUGGGGAUAGCCAGCAGUGCCCCCUCAGAGCACUGGAGCCACCCCCCACUCUAGCUGUUCUGCCCCAUUCCUUAGCAGCUUCCUCUAACUCCUACCUACGUGGAGCCCCUGCUACGGACCUAGCCCACAGUCAGGUGCCCAGUCGCCGGGGAUUCUGUUCUCGGACUUCAUUCAGGAGCUUCUUAAAGAACCCCCGGUCCCAUUUGUAGCUGUGAAGCAGGUGACCGCCAUGUGCGGAAAGUGACCUGUCAUCAGAUGAGUGCCGCCGGGAACGUUUGCGGGCAUCUCUUUUUGAUUAUUAAUUGCAUCUGUGUAUAUACCCAAAAAGUCCAUGCUUUCAACUUUAUAUUUUUGGAACAGUGUUUUUAAUGAACAAUAGGUGGAAGGAGCCAGUAAAUAAAGUCACUUUUCUUUAUUAAAUUUGAAGGAAAUAAAAGAGCUAGAGUAAGAGGUCUCUUAUUAAUGGGACCUGAUCUGAUUAGGAAAAUCACAUAGAUGAAGAAAUAUCGUUUAAGACAGUAGAGAGUCAGGGGGUCGUGAGCAAUAUGAGAUGAUGUGAGGCAAUUUUCUGAAAGCUUCUUAUGUUUCUUUUCUAUUUAAACUAGUACAUCCCACAAGAAGUUGGUUACUUAAUGGUGCGUUUCUGAAUCGAUUAAAAUCAGUUACUUCAGGUAUUAGUCCUAGGUUUUACAACUCUUCAGCUUCCCUAUUCUGAUGUUUUAUGGGUGGUUUUUUUAGGGUAAACCGUCAACCUUUUUUACAUUUUAGGUUUAGAAUUUGUAAGUAAAAUAUGUUUUAAGCCAUCGUUCUGUCAGCUGAGCUAAUGUGCUUGGUCUUAGAAGGCCUGAACUUCAGAUGCCCUUUGUGAUCUGGUGCAGUCUGUGCACCAACCUCAGUGUGUACAGUAAGUCUUGUGUCCCUGUGAAGUGUAUAUGGAGGGCUUUCUUUAGAAAUACGUUCUGCUUCUGGAUGUCCCUUUGUAACCUGCAGUUGCUUACUCAGGGCUUUCAUAAUAAUGACAUACAAACUACUCAGUAGCUGUCUAAUCGUAUUUUAAGACCGCUUACCAGUUACAAGGUUGUUAGGGAUCCAUUCAGCACUUCAUGAACAAACUGUUCGCCGGACCUUCUCUGUAAACGUUCCCGGUUCCCACCCUGUUGCAGCCAGUAGUCCUGUGUAUGGAGGCCACUUGCAUGACUUCUCUCGUCGCACUGCUGCUCUAAGGCACUCCAGGGCAUGAUUAAGUGAUCAUUGGCGGUACGCAUGCAUUGAUCCUUCUCCUCUGCUGUUCUUCUAUAGCCUUUCAUUCAACGGAAAAAACAUACCACGGCUCUGUAAUGCAAAAGUUUGCAAGAUUUUUUGGUUGCCCUUUUUAAGCACUUCUCUUUCAGAGCGAACAGAUGUUUUCAGCUAAGCUAUGUGAGAACAUAAGGAAGAGAUCCUGCUUGUUUUAAGCACCGUUCUUUCUAUUACAUAUAUUUUAAAGUGUGGUCAUGUGGUCAGUAUUUCUUCCCUGUACUUUAUAAACAGCAACCACCCUGGGACGGUUGGCACCCCUUGCAAAACUAAUGAGAUCACAGACUCCUGUGUACAUGUCUCUUCAUAGGUGCGUGUGGAGUCAGUGAUGACAAGACGGGUGACCUAGAAGUAUUCUGUUGCUUCCCAGAAGGCUGAUGAGCCAGUGUCAUGGCAUGUUUGAUGUCUGAGUCCCCAGUGUCAUGACAGUUUCACUAGAAUGUCAGUAAACAGCCCAACUACCUCAUGUGAAAUUGGCUGUGGACAAUCUGUGUCAGAUGAGACACGUAUUUAAGGUUGAUUGAAUCUGGUUAGUAGAUUGGACAAAAUGAUGUCUCUCUAAGGAAAAAAACAUGAGACCAGAUGCCAAAGGCUACAAUGUACAUAGAUUUCCUUGGAUUAAUUUUUUAAGUCGGUGUUGAAUUCCAGCCCCAGUAUUCUUAUCUUGAGUGUUUAUGGUCUCAUAGAUCCACGCACUUUGAAUACCUGUCACAUGCAGUCUUGUGUUAACUGUUCUUGUCCUAAAGCAUUUUGAAUGAGCAGCAUAAUGGCAGUAGAAAGCGAGUGUCAAGUAGUUUGUUGAUUUGUUCAUUUUAAUGGGCCUUUACUUAGAAUAUAAUGUGUUGGAGCCUUUGGGGACCAACCAGUGAAUGAGAAUUUCAUGUUUGGUGUUCAUGUAAAAACUGUCCAACUUCUUACUCUAUAUCUUGUGGGGAGGGUUUUACUUUUUUUGCAAAAAUGUUUGAAAACAUCUGUCAGAUUUUAUAUUCGUUAGUUAUAAUAAACUUAUUUUUAAAGUA